AUGAACCUCGGGUACCUAACCCUCUUGGUGGUAUUGCUACAAACUGUAUCGGCUCAGUUUUGCUCAUUCUGGAAUAACGGAUGUAUCGACUCGCUCGCUCAAACUGCGAUUCGUUUCGACCUCAACCCUCUCUUCCCGGACCCUGUCACGCUCUAUUAUGGCUUUGAUGCCAGUUCCUCUGGCAAGGGCGAAGGGCCCAUGACUAAAACCGCGUUCUGGCUGGGAUAUCAAAAUAAAAACAUCAAUAUAAAUGCUGUUGACUCGAAUCGCACCUCGGAGAUCGGUCUCAGGAUUGGGAAUUUGACCGGUACCCCUUCCGGGGCGAACAAUGGAUGUGAUGGGAUUUGGGGUGAUGAUUGUUCUCGUGAUCUUAAGAGUGCCUUACAGAAGGGUAUAUAUCGCCUUGCUGUUUCCGGAGAGUACUAUUCCAAACCUCUCGAGGUCGUUCUGAACAAGAUGUUGAUGAAGCCGCCGCCGUUGCCUGGGUGUCCCCCACCAACUCUUGACGUCGCGUCUAUUCCAGUCCAAGAUUUCGCCAGAGAACGAGUCCCCGAACAGAACGUCACCAUCAUGCCACCUGGCUCGGGCGCUUGGCCUUGGCAGGUCUGGUACCUUGAUGGCAUGAGCGCCCACAACCAAGCUUCUCAAGUGGCAGUUGCCAUCAUCAGUCGCGCCCCUUCCUACAAUAGUAUACCACCAGAUGGCCCAGACGAUAUCAUGGUUGAACUUGUCUGUGUGCAGGCUCCUUCUAGUGGAUCUUCGAAGGGUUCUCAUGACUAA